CGUUUCCUGUUCUGCUACCACUGUCCAUAUAAAAAUCUUUAAAGCUGACAUAGACAAAUACAGAAACUGAAAAAUAAAAAACUGACCUGAACAAAACAUCUUAGGUAAGAGAGAUGGAACUUUCUAGCUUACUAGUGUUGGUUUUAGUCUUUGCUGUAUUGAUGUUUGUCUGGUGGAAGAGAAAGUCGAGUGGAUUUUAUUUGCCCCCGGGGCCACUGGCACUGCCACUAAUUGGAAACUUACUAAUAAUGGACAAGCAUGCACCCUUUAAAAGCUUUAUGCAGUGGAGCAAAACCUAUGGGCCCGUGAUGACGGUGUACCUCGGGCCUCAGAGAGUGGUGGUUCUUGUCGGUUAUGAUGCUGUCAAAGAAGCUCUAGUGGACCAGGCAGAAGACUUUUCAUCAAGAGCCCCCAUUCCCUUUCCGAACAGAGUUUUGAAAGGCUACGGUUUGGCCAUCAGUAAUGGAGAUCGCUGGCGUCAACUAAGGCGGUUCACUCUCACCACACUGAGGGAUUUCGGAAUGGGACGCAAACGAAUGGAACAGUGGAUUCAAGAAGAGAGCAGACAUUUGCUGAAGAGCUUUGAGGAAACCAAGUCAACACCAGUCGACCCAAUCUUCUUCCUAAGCCGGGCAGUGUCCAACGUGAUCUGUUCAUUGGUGUUUGGUCAGCGCUUUGAUUAUGAAGACAAAAACUUUCUGGGCUUGCUCCAGAUCCUCUCCAGACUCCUGCGUUUUGGCAGUAGCCCUUGGGGUCAGCUGUACAAUAUAUUCCCUCGACUAAUGGAACACUUGUCUUGGAGUCACCACACCAUCUUAAAAGAGAUUGAUGACAUCCAUACCUUCAUUAUGAAUAGGGUUAAGGAGCAUGAGCAGAAUUUAGACUUCUGUGACGCAAAGGAUUUUAUUGACUGCUUUCUUAUCAGGCUUACUCAGGAAAAAGACAAUCCUGAAACAGAAUUCCACAAAAAUAACUUGAUGGCAACAGCUUUAAAUCUGUUCAUAGCAGGUACAGAAACCACCAGCACAACUCUCAGAUAUGCCCUGAUGCUUUUGAUCAAACACCCCCACAUACAGGAGCAAACGCAGAGGGAGAUUGACAGAGUUAUUGGAAAGAACAGAAUCCCUACAAUGGAUGACAGGAAGUCCCUCCCCUUCACUGAUGCUGUGAUUCAUGAAGUACAGCGUUAUCUGGACAUUGUCCCUCUAAAUCUUCCCCAUUAUGCCAUGAAAGACAUCAGAUUCAGAGGUUAUGUAAUUCCAAAGGACACAGUAAUUAUUCCCAUGUUGCACUCUGUCUUAAGAGAUGAGGGACAGUGGGAAACCCCUUGGACCUUUAACCCAGAGCACUUUCUGGAUGCCAGUGGAAACUUUCAAAAGAAUCCAGCUUUUCUGCCCUUCUCUGCAGGUAAGCGUUCUUGCGUGGGUGAGUCUCUGGCUCGUAUGGAGCUUUUUAUGUUCAUCGUCUCUCUGCUUCAGAAGUUCAGUUUCAGUAGUCCAAAGGGUCCAGAUGGAGUAGACACCAGUCCUGAACUCAGCAGCUUUGCAAACAUGCCUCGACAUUAUCAGCUCAUAGCCUCCCCUCGCUGAAAAAAAAAAAGAAAAAUUCAAGUCAACAAGAUGGAAACAUCUUUCCAAACCACACCGUGAUUUAUUUCAGUUGGAUCUUUAACCAUAUGUGGUAUUCAUUUAGUAGUUGUUAAUUACUCUCUUAACUUUUUGGUAAUGAAUCCCUUUAUUACACGCUUGCAAUUUAACUGUGGCAACACCCAGAUAUACACCUUUAAUCACAAUUAAAAUAUAUUCACUUAUUUUACUUUUUAUGUACGGGAACCAGUCAAAAAUAACCAUAAAAUUUACAUUUUUGCACAUAGCUCUAAAGCCACCACACUGUAAAACCCGACAAGUAACUUAACUCAAACUGUAUGAGUAAACAGAUAUCCUUAAUAACCUGACAGAUUAGAUUUCCUCAAACUGUUUGAGGCAACCGAUUGCCUUUAACCAUUUAAGUUUUAAAACUAAUAGUUGUGAGGAUUCUGAACUUAAUUCAGGCCCCGUCCACACGGAGACGGAGUUUACCCCAAUCCGAUCUUUUUUUUUUCC